CACGCGAGCCCGUGACGUUUCAACAUGGCGGAACAUGAGAAGCAAAACCGGGAAGAUGAUUUCAAAACAAGACACUUCUUGAAGCUGUAGCGCCAGUUGGGAUCUGACGAUUCAUUAAAGAGAGAAAGGGAUGAGCUGUGGUGUCGUGGAUGAAGAGGAGUUCUGUCGGUGCUGUCGGCUCCUCCUGCAGCACUCCAACGGCGUGGGUGACGGCUGGAGCUGGGAGGCGGUCCGGGGUUCAGAUGAGGGCUACCUGAAGAAAACGCUGCUCAGGUCAGUCCCUGCUGAGCGGAGCGUCCCACAGAAACACAAGGAGCCCGGCUCUGACUCUGAGAAGUUUGAUUAUUGCCAUCUGCAAACCGAGGAGCAGGAAAAGCAGGGCGUCGACGCCUCAUCCGAUUCCCUCAGACCUGACGCAGAAGAGGAAGAUGACGGGGUCUGCGGGGCGCCUGCAGGCAGCAGCUCAGUACUUCAGUUUGAGUAUCACAUCCUGUACUCCUGCAGCUACAGGACUCCUGUGCUGUACUUCAGAGCUUCCACUCUGGAGGGGAGGAGUUUAACUCUGGAGGACGUGUGGCGCACCGUUCACCCAAACUACAGGCUUGGCCUCCAGAGCCGCCCUUUGGAUGCCAUCACUCAGCAGGAGCAUCCCUUCCUGGGUCAGGCUUUCUUCUAUCUGCAUCCCUGCAGGACGGAGGAGUUCAUGAAGCCUCUGCUGCAGAUGGCGAGGGAUCAAAACAGGCAGGUAAACUACGUGCUGUCGUGGCUCAGCGUGGUGGGACCCAUGGUGGGCCUGGAAGUCUCCCUGGAGUGCCUCAAACAGCAGCAGCUUCACCCCACGACCCCCCAGCAGCUCAGAGUUCCACUGAGAGGCUCCAUUCAACAACCAAAAACCUUGUAGCUCUACUGCAUCUCGGGUGAAGUUCUGACUUUGAUCUCCAUUCUGGGGACAAUUCAGUCCAGACUGAGAGCUGCAGUCAUGUGGUUUAAAUCCUGGCUGGUGCUCUCUGGAAGAAUUGUGCAGAUCUAAAAACUGCUUCUGUCCAUCAUCUGUUGGGUGCUUGUGAGGAAUAAAGACUAAAGCUAAGUGAGUGCAAAAGCAUCACUUAGAAACUUCACAAGUCCUAGAAUGGAGCAGCUGUCUUUUAUGCAUCUAUUCUGUAAAACAUGCAGGAGUCUUCAUUCCUGUUGGUGUGAAAGACAUGUUUCAUAUAAAAACAAUUACUUUCAGGUGUUUUCUUUGCGUUUUUCGGCUUUCGUAAAUCUGGACGAGCAAAUCAUGUGUUCCAUUUGCAACUUAUAUUAUUAAAUGCUGCAUUUCUAUAGGGAAGUAAAUAACGGGUUUCGGUAUUGUUUAAUGCUCAUGUUUGUUGCGAAAGUGUAAGACAUCUCUACCAAACGUCAUUCAGUGUAGGAGUCCUCCAGUAGGUGGUGUAGUUGUCAAACAGAGCUAUUGACCUGUCAAAUGCAUAGAUGCACUUUAGUGGCUACAGGUAAAAGGAGGAUUGCAAACAACGUAGGAGUGGGAAGGGAAUUGGUCUGCUGACACUUCUACAAAUAUUAGAACAAGAUCUUAAGGCUGAGAGAAAUAUCUGUGGAAUGAAAAAAACCACAACUUUGUAGACUUAGAUAAUAUGUUCACAUUAAUACCCAACAAUAAUGUUGGGGAUUUCCUCUCUCAGCUUUAUGGACCAUGCACAGGCUGGAUCAAUACUCUUCAAUCAGAUGUGUUCUACUAUUAAUACCAAGACAAAAAACAAAAAGAGCUGCCCAUUUUGGGCUUAUUUCCUCUAUUUUAAAUGUUGUGGUCUCUUUAUGGAGAUAUCUGCUGUCAACAUUUUUGCUGGAUAAAUAAAAAGAAGAAAGUUCGGAUUAUUUUGCUUUUAUUUCUAUAGAUGAGUCAGAUUUAGUUGGAAUACUUUCUUUUAAAUUUAAAACAAACACAAGAGCAAAAAUGAUUUAGAUGCAAGUUCUGCAAGCUAUUAGCUCUAAUUAUUCCACUUUUUAUUUUCUCUCCUGUCUUUGACCUUUUCUUUCUAUUGUCUAAUGCCGUGCCUGUUUAUGGGAUGUUGUGACACCCUCAUGUUUGUUAAGUAGUUUUUAGGGUUUUUUCUUGGUUUUGUUUGUUUCAUUAAACUUAAAGUCAAAAUUUUAAAAGAAAAUAUUUUGGCUAUUUUUUUAAAACGAUUUAAAUUGAGUUUAUUUCUAAUCUGUGAAGAAAAAAUAUCUUUAUUGCAAUUAUGGUGUAUGAAUAAAUGCAGAUAUUUUUUAUGGUAA